AUGCAGGGCUGGGUGUGGGCCACGGCCAUGGCCCUCCUCUGGCCACAGCUCUUACUCCUCGGGGGUGUUGGGGCCCGGAGGGAGCCCAAGCGGCCACGGCAGCCAGGCCACCGCACCACGCCCCUCAACACCACCAUCCCCAACGGUCAGGAACCACUCAGCUCACCCAAGGGCGUCUCCGUGGCGGCCUGCCCUGCCUUUCGGCCCACGCGGCCCAUCGCCCAUCGGGGCCCGAGGCCACAUUUUCCAGACAGGCGAGCCGAAGAGGGUCGGAUUGAAGAGGGUCCGGACGGCAGGCAGCACUUGAGCCAGCCCCCCGAGGCUUCAGGUCCUGAGUUCUCAGAUGCACACAUGACAUGGCUGAACUUCGUGCGUCGUCCAGAUGACGGGGCUGGAAAGAAACGGUGCCGUGCCAGGGACAAGAAGUCGCGAGGUCUCUUGGGCCCUCCGGGGCCUCCAGGGCCCCCUGGUCCUCCAGGACCUCCUGGGGCUGAAAUCACACAGGAGGCCCUUCUUCUGGAGUUUCAGGAGAUGAUGCGAGAAGCCACUGAGCGUCGCUUCUUGGGGAUGCUGGGCCCCCUACCUUCUGACGGAGCCAGUGGACGGCUAGUCACUGAGGCCUUCCACUGCCGCCUGAAGGGCCCUGUGCUAGUAGACAAGAAGACGUUAGUGGAGCUGCAGGGUUUUCAGGCUCCUGCAGCCCAGGGUGCCUUUCUGCGAGGCUCAGGCCUGAGCCUGGCCUCAGGGCGCUUCACAGCCCCCCUGUCUGCCAUCUUUCAGUUCUCUGCCAGCCUGCACGUGGACCUCAGUGAAUUGAGGGGCAGACCCCGGCUGCGUGCCCGGGACAUGGUCCGUGUGCUCAUCUGCAUUGAGUCCCUCUGUCACCGUCACACGUCCCUGGAGGCGAUCUCGGGCCUAGAGGGCAACAGCAGGAUCCUCACCGUACACGUGCAGGGGCUGCUACAGCUGCAGGCUGGACAGUCGGCCUCCGUCUUCGUGGACAAUGGCUCCGGGGCCACCCUCACCAUCCAGAGCAGCUCCAGCUUCUCGGGCUUACUCCUGGGCAUGUGA